CAAAGAACCGAUAAAAACAUAUUCAACUUUUAUAAUAAUAGAGAUAGAGGAGAGAUAUAUCCAACGGAUCAACGGAUCGAACAGCUAUAUAAGCCAUCCUGAUCUCUCUGGAAUGAGCACAAGCACAGUUCAGAAGACAGAGAAAUUACGCACGCACCACCAAAAUCGAAAUGGUACUCGGCCUGGAGUGGAAGUUAGAGGCCACGAUAGCCAUGACCGCGCUGGUGUUGACGGAGCUGCACCGGAUGAGGGACAAGAAGAAGGCGUCCGACACGCUAGCGGAGGACGUGGCUUUCAUCAAGAAGGAUCUUGAGUUCAUGGAGUCAUUCCUGGCGGAUGCCGCCGACGCCGAGAAGCGUAGCCACACCCACCACACGACGACGACGACGACUCCCUCCAAGAGUUUGAGAACCUGGUUGCGACACAUCCGCGGCCUGUCUCAGGACGGGAACCGUAUCCUCUAACAUUAAUCAAUAGCUAUAGAUUAAUUGGCAUACAAGUAAUCAAAUUAAUUAGCAGAUUAUGUAGUUAAACAUUACCAUACAUAAUGAGUAGGAAAUUUUUUUACACUAAUAGUCCCUUUAUGUUCAUUAACAUGAGCUCACCAACUUGUAGAUUAAGAGAAUUGUCUCUUUCUGAUGGAAGAUGUGGCAACACAAAUAAAAUUGAUGCACGAGAUUUAUUUCUUAACAGGUUCAUAUGCUAAUCAUUGCGUCUAACAGGUAAGUUAAACCUAAUUAUCGUCAUGUGCUAGUUACUUGCCGAUUCCUGUAGCAUUUAGCGAUAUUUGCCUCCUUGAUAAUAUAUUUGGUCUACGGGAAUUUAUUUAACUACAUAAUCUACUAAUUAGUUUGAUUAAUUGCAUACCAAAUAAUCUAUGACCGUUGAUUUAGAAUGGAAGAUGUGGAUCAAAGGAAUGUCACACCAUACCAUUAUUAUGUAAUGUUAGAGGAUACGGUUCCCUCAGGACGUCGAGGACUACCUCCAGGAGUUUUGCCUUCGUGCGGAGAAGCCGCCUCGUGCCAAAUCCAAGCUGCUCUUGCCACUGGACACCAUCACCAAGCAGAUCAGCAGACUGAGGAAAGAAAUUGAACAUGUGAACAAGACCAGUGGGAUAUACUGUAACGCACUUAAUUUUGGUCCGGACGCUGCACAACCCAUGGAUCAAUGGGACCUGCUUUUAGGAAUGCUCCACACAUCGGACGAGAAAUGGAAAAAUCUCACCUCAUUCAACUUGUUUCUCAGAACUGCGAGAAUCAUCAUAUUAUCUCCAUAUGGGGAAUGAUUGGUAUUGGCAAAACCUCCUUCAUUAGGAGUGUCUAUGAAAGCAAAGAGAUCACUAGCAUGUUUGAGCAGUAUGCCUGGGUCACUAUAUUGCAUCCUUUUAACCUUCAUGAUUUUGUUACGAGCUUAGCCCAGGAAUUAGAUGCACACGAUUUUAGUCUUCUUGGAAAUGGUGUGCAGAAGAGUGAAGAAUCAAUCAAGGCUUCGAAGAGAAGAUGCCCCCUUGUCCUCGAUGAUGUAUUAUCUAUUGAAGAAUGGAGCUUGAUACAACCACAUUUGCCUAAUGAGACAAACACAAAGAUCAUAGUCACCACAAGAGAAGCAAGUAUUGCUGAGCAUUGCUCGGUGACAUACAAAAACAUAUAUAAGCUGGAAGGUCUUAAAGAAGAUGCGGCACUUGCACUCUUCAAGAACAAGGUAUUUGUAGAUAGUUCGAAUACUGAUUUGGAUCUUGACAUGUCUACUCAAGCAAAGCUCAUUAUAAAGGAGUGUGACGGUCAUCCCCUUGCAAUAACCAAUAUUGCUGGUUUCUUGGCAAGAAAGCAAAAAACAGCUUCGGAAUGGAAAAAGUUGAAUGAUGAUUUUAGUUCUGGGUCAGUGAGCAAAAAAAAUCUUGAAGUAAUAAGUACAAUCCUUGAACCAUCCUAUGAUGACUUAUCCUAUCAUCUAAAGUUAUGCCUUCUGUACUUGUCUGUUUUUCCCAAAGGCCACAAUAUUAGGCACAAACGCAUAGUAAGACGUUGGGUUGCAGAAGGUUACAUAAGUAAGACUCAUAGCUUGAGUGCAGAAGAGGUAGGUGACAGCUAUUUUGCAGAGCUUAUCAAUCGAAGCAUCAUUGAACCAUCAGAACCAGUACCUCACAAUGCUGGCAAUAUUAAAUAUUUUCGAGUACAUAAUCUUAUGCACAAGAUUAGUAUCUCAAAAUCCAAGGAAGAAAAGUUAGCUCUAAUAACGAAGGUACAAUACGCCAUUUAUCUAUAAUCGACGUAUGUGAGACAAACAAGAAUGCA